AUGGCGGCAACAUCCGCGCCAUCUCAAAGCGGACGGGCAGCUGUCAAGGCAGCACGGCACCAAGUCUCUGUGGUUUGCCCCAACGGCGAGCAGAAGAAGACCGAGCUUGACUCGAGUUGGAGCUUGCAAGACCAAGUGCGUGAAGCUUGCAGCAAGUUGGGUUUGGUCUCAGAUGCGGAGGACGAGGAGUCCUUCGUCCUGACUCUUGGACCAGGGGCCGCUUCCGUACUUUGCUCCAAGGCACAGCUGUCGGCACACCUGCAGAACCCCGGAGAUGUGAGGUUGCACCUUCAAAGGGUAUCGACAGUCGCAGAGAGGCAUCUAGAAGCUUUCAAGUCCGCGUCAGCUCCUGAGCGCAGCGAAGCAGCGGCACGGCUACGCCAAGCCGUUAGCGCUGACUCGCAGAUAGCGGAGGCCGUCAUCGAGCAAAACGGCUUGCAACCCGCCCUGGCACUGGCAAUCGACACAAAGUGCCGAGACGCUGUCACCUUGGCGUUGCUGUGCGAGCUGUUCCAGCACUACACCUCUGACGCAUUGACAGACUGGCUGGAGGAGUUCCAUGACAUCAAGGAGCUCCGUUCGGACCUCUUCGAUGCGCUGCUGGUGUCGCUGUUCUUGCUGGAGGAGGAGUCUGGCACGGCGCCGUGUUCCACACAAAAGUCCUGUCUCGGCCUUGUCCUCUUUCUCUUACAAGAACUCGAAUCCGGGGCCAAGGUCGUCCACGAGGUGCUGCAGCGAAGUCGGCCGGACAAGGAUGAGAACCUCUACACGAUCCUCGUCUCUUGCAUUGGUAGCGAGGAGGAUGAAGACUGCGACGAGUUUCAGGCACGUGCGGCGCAGCUUGUCGUCCGGUCCCUGCUCGCCGCCGCGAAGGACAAGAAGCUGCAAGAGCAGAUCGUCGUGGCUCUCGAAGGCGCGAACAGCGACAUCCAGGCGCGAGGGCUGCAGCUCAGUUCGGACUUGAAGGCUUCCUUCGACAAUCUGCUGGUGGCCUACUUGGGGGCCUGCACGGAAGUCGCCUCCUCCUCACUGGCGGGCGCCGGCCGCGGACCGGAGAAGAUCUCGAAGUUAGAGAGUGAGAUCGAGCACCUUCAAAAGCUGAAUGCUCAAUUGAAGGAUCAGCUCCGCCGACAGCAUGCCGCGAUGUAUCGCAUGGCGACCGACUUCGUUUGCAUCGAGUGCGAUGCGGUGGUCGAGCACGCUCUGGAGGGCAUCAUCCGACACGGCCAUGACAGCCUCAAGUGGAAGAAAGGCUACACGAUGCUGCACUACUGUGCAGAGUGUGUGGAAGAGCCAGCAGUGGUGGAGCUCAUCGGCCUGCUAGCCACCGAUGUGGACCGCAAAGACGACAACGGUAAACGGCCCAUCGACUAUGCUAGGCAGACUGGCCGCGAACCGAUCAUCCGAAUGCUGGAGAAGCUGCGCAAAUUCCAAAGACAGGGGCUCUCCGGCGUCAAGGUCGGAGACAAGGAGCCUGAGAAGAAGGAAACCAGUGUCACGGAGGUCAGUGUGAAGACGCCGGAGAAGGAUCCAGCGCCAAGGGACCGGUUCGGUACAAGAAGCCAAAGUGUCGUGAAAGUGAAGGCGGAUGCCGAUGUGCGGCAGCAGCUGAACGAGGCGACGGACAUGAACCGACAGCUGCGCGGCGCGGUGGAGAAGGUCUUAGACAAAGGUUGGAACAGCAUCACUUGGCCGUCGAACUUCUCGGCUGCACACCUGGCAGCGAAGAUGGGGGAUGCACGGCACUUAAGAACUCGAUCCUGGCUGGUACUGGCAUGUCAUAAGUCUUGA